AUGGAUGAGCCCGGGGAGGGGCCUGCAGGAGCUCCUCCCCCCACGUUCACCCCCUUCUCCCUCCGCAGCGAGACGGUCGUCUGCGCCACCCGCGCCACGGUGAUGCUGUACGACGAUGCCAACAAGAAGUGGGUGACGGCGGGGAGCGGCCCCCAGGCUGUCAGCUGGGUGCAGAUUUACCACAGCCCGGGCAGCAACACCUUCCGCGUGGUGGGCCGCAAGAUGCAGGCGGACCAGCAGGUGGUCAUUAACUGUGCGAUCGUGAAGGGGAUGAAGUACAACCAGGCCACGCCCAACUUCCACCAGUGGCGCGACGCCCGCCAGGUCUGGGGGCUCAACUUCGGCACCAAGGAGGACGCCAGCCAGUUCGCCAGCGGGAUGCUGCUCGCCCUGGACCGGCUGGAGGCGGGUGAGUGAGCGGCGCCCGGCCCCGCCCCCAUCGCCCCUCCGUCCGGGCCCCCCCAGAACGGCCCCUCCCCAGAUGAGAUAGAGCAACAGAAAAGGUAUGGUCAGGAACAGGAGCGCCGGGUGGCCAGUGCAGGAGCUCCAGCGACCCCUUCGGGGGGAGGCCCCCCGCCGCCCCCGGGACCACCGCCCCCUCCAGGGCCGCCUCCGCCACCUGGCCUGCCCGCCGCUGCUGGGGGGCCGCCCCCUGCGACUGGGGGGCCGCCCCCUGCGACUGGGGGGCCACCGCCCGCCCCUCCUCUGCCUGCUGCGCAGGGCCCUGGGGCGGGAGGCGGGGGGGCCAGCGGCCUGGCAGCUGCCAUCGCCAGCGCAAAACUCAGGAAAAUCGCCAAGCAGGAGGAUGGCGCUGGGCCGGCAGGGGGCAGCCCCGGGACGGCCCCAAAGAACGAGGCCAGCCGUGGCGGGGGGGGCGGGGGCCUGAUGGAGGAGAUGAGCGCCAUGCUGGCCAGACGGCGGAAAGCCACGCUGCCGGGCGAGAAGCCUGGGCCAAAGAAAGAUGACGACGUUUCCAGCGUGAGCGCCCAUUUCUCCCCUCUCUUGGCAGACUCGGUGCGGAGGCCCUGGGAGAAGAACAGCUCCACCCUGCCCAGGAUGAAAUCAGGUGCCCCCAGCAGCACGGAGCCCCCACCCAGCACAGAUGAGUCUGACCUGGAGCGGAUCAAACAGGAGCUGCUGGAGGAGGUGCGCCGGGAGCUGCAGAAACUGAAGGAGGAGAUCAUCGAGGCGUUCGUGCUGGAACUGCGGAAGCGGGGCUCGCCCUAG